CUCUUAUUGUCUAUGACAACUUGUGAUCACAAGACCUCUUCGCUUUUGAGUUUUCUGUCAAGGCAAAAAUUGGGCGAAAAAAGGCCGUCCCUUUUGGGAAUAUCGGGUAAAACAGCACCAAUUUGCUCAUAAAAAUACUUCAAGAUGAGGUACUUCCUAACUUACCUGUUCGCGCUGAUGGUGGUGGCCGUGAUUCCAGUAGUGUCUAUGUUCUAUCUUCUCCAAGGAAAGGGUGAGCAACUCAGCAUUGGAUGGUUCCUGGAGAACACGUCCCCUUACAUGUGGGGCACGUUGGGAAUCGCGUUUGCCGUAGCUCUGUCAGUAGUGGGUGCAGCUAUGGGCAUCCACACCACGGGAGUGAGCAUAGUCGGAGGCGGUGUGAAAGCUCCAAGAAUUAAGACUAAGAACUUGAUCUCCGUCAUCUUCUGCGAAGCCGUCGCUAUUUAUGGAUUGAUCACUGCCAUCGUGUUGUCUGGAAUGCUGGAAAGGUACACAGAGCCUUUGACUGAUAUCACUAUCAAGCAAAUGAACUGGAUGGCUGGAUAUGUGAUGUUUGGAGCUGGUCUGGCCGUGGGUCUUGUCAACCUCUUCUGUGGUAUCGCCGUCGGAAUUGUAGGAUCUGGUGCUGCCCUGGCUGAUGCAGCCAAUGCUGCUCUGUUUGUCAAGAUCCUAAUUGUGGAGAUUUUCGGAUCAGCCAUUGGUCUGUUUGGUCUUAUUGUUGGUAUCUACAUGACAUCAAAGUGCAAAAUGGGCAACCAGUAAUUUAAGAAUUAACUUAAAACUUGAAUGUAAGUUGUACAUCGGCACUGGAUGUUACCAGCCUUGACCUCCCUAAACAGAGUAUCCAGUGCUCACAUAUUUAUAUACCGAAGAAGCUUCAAGUUACUAUAAUUGCAGUGUUGAACUUGUGUAUCUUUCCUGCCUGCUCUUUGUUGAUGUGUUUUAAAACAUAAAUUAUUUUUUUAAUCUUAAAUCAAAAAAUAUCUGAUCUUAGCACUCCA